AUGCUGCAAUGGCGCGUGCGCCACUUUCCACCCCGCGUUGAGUGGCUGCUCAGUGGCCUCGGCCGGCAGGCCGGGAGAGGGCCGGCGGCACCCAGCCAGCUGUGGUGCUCGCGGCGGAAGUGCGCGGGCCAUGCAUCACAGUUUGUCACAGAGGCCACGCUCCGCAGCGGCACCCGUGGCAAUCGCCACCACUGCCUCAACAGUAACCAGACUACCUCUGCUGCUGCUCCUAAUUUCACUUCCAUGCGUGAGGCAGGGAAACUCUCGGCACCGCUCCUGAAGCCAGAAGCGGCGGAGACAAGUACCUCCUCGAGUGCUUGGGACUUGCGGCAGCUGCUUUUUGGCCUCCAUGAUUUUCGAACGGGAGUUGUGACGUACGUGGAGGCGGAGGAGCGCCUGCGCGGCAUGCAAUUGCUGGAGGAGUGGAUGAUCCAAAAACUGUUUGUAGAGAGCGGCUGGGUGCGUCAGCUGCAGGACAGCGCCGAGACGGCACCACAGUACCGCGGUGUCGUGGGCGAGCAAAAGAUCCUGCGCUACAUGCUGCACCGCUUUCUUUCUGAUGAAACCAUCUGGCGGGACGAUCUUCUUAGCUUGUUAGAGCUCCUUCUUGGUGUCGUGGAUCAGUGCACGUGCUGCCCACCCCGGAGGGAUGCGUCGCAGCACACCGCAGCGCAGCCCGGCCUCAUGUCAGGAGAUAAUUCUGUCUGCGGUGAUAACAACGAUAACAUUCUGGGCGUGUUCCCGCUGAGCAUCCCGGGCUCUCUCCUCAUGGGACCAGAAAAGAUGAACUUCUACUCAUAUGGUUUGCAGAAUAUUCUCUGGGACUUCCUGCACCUAGAGGCGUCUUCGUUCGGUGGCACCUCUGCACUCUGGCUUGCCUUUGUGGCCUCCCACCGCAACCUGCUCUCGCUGCCUUCCCCGCAGCGCCCGCCAUUCAGUCGGUACGAGUGUCAUCCUGGGCUUUUAGGUGUGGAGUUUGUCGAAGCGCCGCACGCUGCGCAGCCUGGGAAAACCAUGCAGGAUUUGAGUUCAGUGGCGGGCGGGGCUGCACCUCACGAGGCUGAGGCGUGCAGAUUGCAGGACGACGAGCAGGCGGCUGCGGCGUCGAACGACAGCGAGGCUGGCGAGACAGCAACGACGCCGAUGACGAUGGACGAUGAGCGUGGGAAAUCGUAUCUGCGUGACAGGUUCUACAUGAACGUGAUAGAGCCGGGCGAGGUGUCAUUUCCCGUGAGCAGCACCCCGCCGGGCGCCCUGCAGGCCUCUUGGCGAGGGGAGCGCGAGCUGCUUAACCCCGUGAACGGGGAGGUGGAGGAUGUCCACCUCACGCACCUCUGGAGCAUCUUCCAGGCGCUGAGGCUGGAGGACAGCAUCGAUAUGUACCGUGCCGUGCGCCAUGGGGAUCUGGAGAAGUUACAGGGAGAGGUGUUCAUGGACGUGCUCGCACGAAAGGGGCUUUUAAUGCUCUUUUUCGCCCGUGACGAGGUAAGGGCAGUGACCCCGCCGCCCACGACGUUUCAUCGACUCAGGCGGCUGCAUCAAGAGCUAGGCGCACUGGUCUCAUGGCCCUCCACGCAUAACUACCGCGUGCCUCCACCACCAGCAGCACCAUCGUUUGACCAACUCGCCCUCCCCUCUCAGCUCUCCUUCAGCUGCUUCGCCCAACUCCAUGCCCCCGUACAACGAGAUCUGUACCGAUGUGCCACUCCCAGUGCGUCUCCGGCACAGUUAUACGACCGCUACCGCGAGAGUUACCUGCGGUUUGCCGUGCAGCCAGCAGCUCAUUUAAAGGAAGGCCAUAACGAAGAUGCGGGUAAACCCCUUUUGGGUGAGAGCUCUGCAGUGUUAGGCCAGUGUAAAUUUCCGGCAUUUGAAUGUCUUAGCCAACUCCAGCAGAUGGCGUUUCAGUAUCCCUUCCAGGAUGCGGCGCCGUAUUCCGCUCCACAACAAAGCAUAGACGGCAAUUGUACCAAUGAUGAAAUACUAGGUAACGCAGCAAUUCAACAAUACAAUACGACAGAACUCAUCCUGCCCGAGCUGAGUGAGGAGUCUCUUCCUCCAGUCCGGCGGCGCGGGCGGCCGAGAAAGGCGGCGCCGGCGGAGCCCGAGGCGCUUGAGGAGUCCACCUCUGCAGCCGGGCAGCGCGAAGAGUGGGCGGGUUCCGAGGAGCCAGCGGAACCUGAGUCGCCUGCGGAGACUCUUUCUCCAGUCCGGCGGCGCGGGCGGCCGAGAAAGGCGGCGCCGGCGGAGCCCGAGGCGCUUGGAGGAGUCCACCUCUGCAGGCCGGGCAGCGCGAAGAGUGGACGGGUUCCGAGG